GCGCGGGAGGUGGGGGGCCUCUGCCUGCGCUCCUCACCUCGCGCCACCAAGAGGCGACGCCGCCGCCGCCGCCGGCCGCCACCACCACCAUGGCUUCGGCCUGGGCGGGGUUGACUGAGCGCGAGCGGGACGGCUGCCGGGAGCUCCUGGAUUUUCUCCACACGGACGACCUGCUGUCGCUGACGGACACGGUGACUAACCGCCUUGUGCAGCCGGACGACCGCCAAGAAGCCAUAAAUGCCAUUGUAUUGUACAGUCAAAGUGCAGAAGAGCUGCUGAAGAGAAAGAAGGUCUUUCGAGAGGUAAUCUUCAAGUAUUUGGCAGCAAAAGGAGUCAUAGUGCCACCUUCUUCUGAAAAGCACCAACUUGUUGACCGUGCAAAGGAGUACUGGUGUGAACAGCUAAAAGAUAAUGGCUCGGAGGAAAUCUAUACUAAGCCUGAUGUACAGAAACCUGAAGAGGGAGGGAAGGAAGGAGGAGACAAGCAAGAUCACAGCAAAGAUUGCCACAGUCUGGGAGAGGAGUUUUGCCAGUGGUUCUUUGGAAUUCUGAACUCUCAGAACCCGUUGGUUGGAGAACCACAUGAUGAAUGGGGACCACAACAUUUUUGGGAUGAUGUAAUCCUAAAGUUUUGCUAUAACACUUCAGAACAAAACAUGGAAGAGUACUUGGGUGCAGAAUUGGUUAGCCUUCGUUUACUGUCAUUGGUGAAAGAAGAAUACCUCUUCCUGAACCCGAACUUAGACGCUGGUGGCAUGAAGUGGACAGUUUCACGACAUGGGUUAGUUGUGGUGGCAGUAGCAGGCACAGUUCAUAGAAAUACUUCUUGCUUGGGCAUCUUUGAACAAAUCUUUGGACUCAUCCGCUGCCCCUUUAGGGAGAAUACGUGGAAAAUCAAGUUUGUGAACCUAAAGAUUGUUGGUCAGAAUGCCCUGGAACCUGGGACCCACUUAGAAAGGCCUUGCAUAAAAUAUGAGCAGGAAGAACUCCAGGAAUUCUAUGUUUCCAAUGAUCUUUCCUUGGUUGAGUCUCAAAAAUCCUGAGCAUUCUGUGUGCAGAAUGAAGUAGAACAGUUUGUGGGCCCAGAAAAUACAACACAUGAGCAUACUUGAGCAUUCAAGUAAGUUGUUUGCUUCUGUUUCUUGAGUUAGACUUUCUGGUUGGAUGACAAGCCAAAGUACUGCCUAAACAACUAGUGACAAUUGGGUUGACAACUAGUGCUAGUUGGGCUGAUUCAGGUUCCCUAAAGUUACAGUCUGGCACAUGAUUUGCCCACCUUGAAGAGAAAGGGGGAAUGGUGAGCAGAUGCUUACGUUCUUUCCCUCCUACUACUCCUCUCUCUCCUGCCCUCGCUUUCCCCCACUGUGAGACAUGGGGAAGUACCGUAAGCAGAAAGAAGCAAGCACAAAUGAGAAGGAUGCAGAACGGGGGGAAACGCAUCAUCAUCUUGUCUGCCUGUGGCUUCCUCACCUCCUUGGCGUAGCGGGGGGCGGUAAGGGAUAUGUGUGGAUCAAGACCACCAUAUUGCCAAAGAUUACUUAACAGACACUGGAUCUGUGAAGGUGUCUUAUCUUAGAGUAGUUCUUCCACAUUAAAGAAGCCCCAACAAUGAGAGCCAACGCUAGUUAGUUGGAAAAUUAUAUCUCUCGGGUUCUUUUUUUAAAUUUGCACUUGUCACUUAAUAUUUUUCGUGUAAAAGAAACAAAGUUAGAAUUAAAGCUGCUGUUGAUCUCAAUGCAAUUACUAUUUACUAGGUAUAUAAAAAAGGUUAAUUAAAGAAAUGUUCAUAA